AGGCCUCGUCAAGCUGUGGAGUGCUCUGACCCUGCAGGGCUUCUACCAGAACAGGCGGUGUGCCUUCCGGGUACUGCAGACAUCUCCAUUCCUUCUUGCGUUAGCUGGGAACAGCAGGGAGCUGGUCUUGGACUAAGUCUCCAGUCUGGGUGGACUGUCAGAAGGUCCUUGAAAUGUUGCUGCUCUUCAGAUGUGGAAUUUCUAGAGGGGAUUUCCGACACAGAGCUUCAACAAAGCUGGCGGUUACCAACCUGUUGUUUGGAUGUCCAUUGCUUCAGAAUUUACAUAUAAAAGUUGGAGACAAAGCUGAACUUACCAGAGUUUUUACACAGAAUGAUGUUCUUACUUUUUCUCAUUUAACAGGUGACACAAAUCCUUUGCAUUUAAGUGAAGAUUUUGCCAAGAAAACUAAAUUUGGUAGAACUGUUGUACACGGAGUUUUGAUCAAUGGACUUAUUUCUGCAGUUCUGGGUACUAAAAUGCCUGGUCAGGGCUGUGUGUUUCUUUCCCAGGAGAUUCGAUUUCCAGCUCCUCUGUAUACUGGAGAAGAAGUGAUAGCUGCAGUGGAAGUGAAACGACUGAGGAGCUCUGUUGCACACGUCUCAGUAUCGUGUAAAGUCAAAGAAAGUGGAAAGACUGUUAUGGAAGGGAUGGUGAAAGUCAUGGUGCCAGCAAGUUCGAGCUCUUGAUCUUGUGUUUCUUACAGUAAAGACAGAAAUGUAUGCUUGGUUUUGAC